AAUAAUUACAACAUUUAAAAAUGGGAAUUUGAUGGUCUAAGUGCUGCAAGCGGCAAUUUCAAGAAGAAAAUGAGCUCCUAAUUAACCACAACACUGUCACUAUAGAGCCAGAGCCUAUGAAAAAGUCCAAGCUGAACCCUACUGCACCACAAGUAGAAGUCCGUAAUAAAAGCAAUUUACGAGUCCAGAAUAAAGUCCCAGCUGGUGAGGACUGUAAAUUUGUCAGAAGAAAUAGCUGGAAGUCACGACAAGGAGAUGAGAAUAUACAGUUCCAGAGCAACGAGGGCAUUGACCAAAACGCCCUCACUAAGAGAAUGGAAAAGUAUACUAUUUCUCUACCUCACUUGAAAGAAACUAAAGUUGGGAUUACUUUGGAGCAAAUUUAUGCAAGUUCGAGGCUGAAGAAACGAGAUAUUAUCUCAUGCCAGAAGAGGGAAGAUAGUCUUCAGAGGAAAAAUUUGCAUACCUCUGAGGAAAGGAUACAGUUUUUCAAAAGAGAGCUACAGAAAAACCGGAUCUCUUUUAUGGAAGACUCUAUUACUCUUGUGAUUGACCGGAACAAUAUUGUUAAAGAUACUAUAAAUCAGAUAUCAUCGACUGACAGAUUUAGCUUCUACAAAGAAGUAAAAAUCUUUUUCGUAGGAGAGGAAGCUCAAGAUGCCGGAGGGGUUCUGAAAGAAUGGAUUUUCUAUUUAGUCCAAACAAUUUUGUCAACACCGAAUGAGAUCAAUUUCGGGGAGGAAUUUGCACAGACAAGGAAUAAUAGAAAGUUACUGCGCUCAAAGAGUCUCACAGACUCGAAAGAAGAGUCCAAACGCAAAAUCAAUGAAAAUGCUUCUUUUCGCAAUGGAAGUCCUGACAGCAACAGCUCUAGAGUAAGGUUCCCCAAGAGUAAAUUGAGCAGCAAAAGUGCUCACUUCGGCGAAUCAGAGGAAAGCGAGCUUCUAGACUCAGUGAAAGGGCGAGGAAGAAGUAAUGUAGAGGUCUGCAAAUCUGGUGAUGAGGUCUAUUAUCAUUUAAAGAGCACUGGAUCUUUGAAAAUCUGUAAACUUUUAGGCCAGAUAGUUGGGAAAGCAAUAUUCGAAGACAUCCCUUUAGAACCCAAGUUUACAAAUUUCAUGCUGAAGUGAAUCCUGUCUCAGGAUUUUGAGAUUCAAGACUGUAUGACUUAUGAUCAAAGUCUCUCAAGUUCAUUCACGUACAUAAAGGAGAACGUGAUCAGCCAGUAUGAAUUGGGCAUGAAUUUUACUAUCCAGGAUAAGGACAAAGGCAUUUAUGAACUUGUAAAAGACGGUGAGAAUAUAAAGGUCAACAAUUACACUAAACAUGCAUAUAUAAACCUCUUUUUGGAGUACUUCGGCUAUCAUAAGGCUUAUAAGCAGAUUUCUGCUUUUCUAGAGGGCCUUAAUAGCAUAAUUCCAAGAAAGUUACUGAAUAUUCUAACAGUGGAAGACUUGAAGAAAUUAUUGGUUGGUAAAACAGAAAUUAAUCUUGAUGACUGGAAGGCUAACACUGUUUAUAAAGGAGAGACUCUUCAUCAUAACCAUCCUACUAUUUCGACAUUUUGGAAAAUUAUCUCUAGCUUAGAGGAUCAUGAUUUGCGGAAAUUCCUACAGUUUGCAACAGGCUGAAGGAGUAUCCCUAUCGAUGGUUUUAAAAGUUUGAAAAAUAAUCGUCAGGAGGAAUGAUUAUUUACAAUAAAUCUGGUCAAUGUUUCUCAUAACUUUAUCAGAGCCCAUACUUGCUUUAACAGGAUCGAUCUCCCAGUAAUGGAAGAGCUACAAUUGAAGAAGAGCAUCGAUCAUAUUCUAUCAAUGGAACAAUUCAUCUUUGAUUUUGAGUAAGAAUAAAUUAAUGGU